GAGGGUGGUUAACUGGUUAUCAUGUCUUUCUAAAUUCCGAACGAAGUGGUUUAUAUAAAGUUACCGUUACCUCAACUUUGCAGUAGCAGUGAACCCUUUUGUUAUUAUCUCUUCAAACUUUAGAAACUUGAUUCUUCAAAUUGUUAAAAAAAAAAUGUUAGGAAGAGAUGAUGGUAGCGACGCAAGGACAAGGGAGGAGAUCAUGUAUUGGAAAAGUCUGAAUCCUUUCUUUAAAAUUCAUCUUCGUCCUAAUUUUCGUUACGGAAUUGAGAUUCCCCUGUAUUUCUCCGAAAAUGUCAAGGGGAAGUUACCUCAUAAGGUGGCUCUCAAGGGGCCGAGUGUCAAUAUCGAUACCUGGGAAGUUCAGCUUAAAACACACGACGAUACCACUUGGAUUGUUGGAGAGGGUUUGGAGGAGUUUGUGUCUGCUUUCGGAUUGGAAGAGAAUGACACUUUGGUGUUCAAAUACAAAAACAAUUCCUAUUUUAAGGUCAGGAUUUUCAAUGAGAAAACUUCAUGUGAGAAGGAAUCAUCUCAUUUCGUCGUAAAAUCAGUUUCUCAGCAAUCGCAACAAAGUUGUUCACUACUUAAGGAUACCUGUAGCCUAAAGCAGGAAACUAUUGGUGAAGUUGAGAAGAUAAGUAACAAUGAUCAGAGUUCAAUCUCAAGAGGUUCAAGGGAGAAAAGAGUGUUAUUUGAAGACUCUGAAUCAGAUGAUGAUAAACCUUUAUUCUUGAGAUGUAUUAUUCGUAACAAAGAUGCAGUAAAACCAAAAUGUCCAACACCAUUGGCUUUUUGUAGAGCUGUUAAAAGGAAAACAGAACCAGAAGUGGAGUAUAACUCCUAUCCGCGCAAUUCAUGCAGUCGGGAUCAGAAAGAAAUGGAGAUACAAAGGGCUAGGCAACGUGCUAAAGAGCUGCAAAUGCACCGCGAAAAUAGUUUUUUUGUUGCCUUGUCAAGAUCCCAUGUUUAUGGGACAAUGAAAUUGGGGAUUCCGAAACAGUGGUGGAAUGAAGUCGUCAAGUCCCAGUUUGAUAAAUGUUUGAAACUUCGUGUUAAGGGCAAAGACGAGUAUGAUCCACAUCUGUAUGUGUGCUACUAUGAUAAAUCGAAUUGUACGGGUACAAUCACUACCGGGUGGAGGAAGUUUGUUCAGGAGAAUUCAUUGUAUGAACAUGAUUGUUGUGUCUUCAGUCUCGCUAAGCCAUUGGAAGAUAACUACGAGUUUAUUUACCUAGAGGUUGAGAUAAUUCGUGCUAUAAAUUCAUAGGAAGAUCAAGAUACGAUUAAAUGGUGAAUGGUAUAAUGCUUGUUUUAACUCGUUUGCCGCAAUUUCUUCCUUACUCCCGGAGUACCGUGAGCAAGGUACUCCGGGUUCAUAACGACGACGUUUUCAGCUCUUCUUCUAGUGUCCUCUCCUUCUUCCUUAGUUGCUCCCUUUUCUUCAUGAUAUGCUUUGUAUCCCUCUAUUUUCUUUCAAUCGUAAUGAAUUUAAUCCUCUUUUUUUCCAAUUGCAAGUAUUUUGUUCUGAUUU